AUAAGAGAUUUGAAUAAAAAGCAAUUUAAUAUAGAAUGGAGCAAAAAUUGUUUUCUUUUUUGUAAAUGAAGAAUGGAACAGAAAAAAUGAAAAAAGUUUUCUUUAUAAUAAAAACAAAGCUUUUGUUUUCAUCAAACCAAUUUAGAGAAGCAAGCAAUAAGGAAAAUUUUGUUAUAUUCUGUUGAAUAUAUAUAAAAAAAUAAUGCCAGCUAAAAAUUGUUGAAUUGUAUGCCAGAAUAUAAUUUUAAACCUUAAAAAAUGGCCGACAAUAAGAUCUGUAAGCAAUUAAACUCUACAGAUGAUACCAAUUAUGAUCCUGCCCUAAAUGAACUUCUAGAAUUGAUGGAAGAUGUUAGCGAGACUUUCAAUGACUUUGAUGUUAGUCAGACUUUUGAUGAUUUUCAAUAUUUAUCAAGUGAGUAUAUCAGUACAGAUCAAGAGAAUCAAGAAAGAAAACAUGUAUCACCAUCAAGCCAUUCAACAUUAUCAAGCCAUUAUGUAUCAACAUUAUCUUUAGAUCCUAUGCUGCGUGUCAACAUUGAUCAGUUAGAAUUAGCAUUGCAUCAACUUGGUAUAUCUCCUUCAGAUUCAGAAAAAGAAAAACUAAGAACAAGAUUAAAAACUUUUAGUAAUGGAGAUGUUUAUUAUGGAGAUUUUGUGGAAGGUGUUAAGAAUCUAUUAUUAAAAAGUUCAAGUAUUUUAAAAUUACCAAAAAAGUCUUUUAAUGAACAGGAAACAAAUAGAAACUCCAUUGAAUUUGACAAUAAAAAAUCUAAUAAAGCUGUUUACAAUGCAGAAAUGAAUAAUAUUGAAGAGAAAUGUGAUAAUGAUGGUAGUAAUCUAACAAUUAUAGAUGAGUUGAAAAAUAUAAGAAAACAACUUAAAUUAGCAAACAAUGAUUUCAACUACCUUAAACAAAAGAAUUACAGCACAGAAUCAAAUAAAAAUGUUUAUGAAGAAUCAAGUAUAAAAACAAAAUUGAAAAAGCAAGAACAGUCAAUUACUGAUCAACAGCCAUUUUGUGAGUUUAACAAGCAACUUGCAGCAAUAAGCUCACAAUUGAAAAAGAUUGAAGCUAGUAAAAGAUCAUACGAAGUUGCUGUUCAUAAACUUUUAAAGUUUACUGAGAUGGUUCAUAUGUUUACAGAAAGUGAAUCAAAGAAGAUUUUAAAUGGCCAGACUAAACGAUUGCAAAAGAAGUUAACAAAGUUAUGCAACGAUUCUCAAGAUAUUAUAAAAGCUGUGAAACUUAUACUAGAUGAUGAGCCUUUGCCCUUUGGAUGGGAAGAAGUCUAUUCUAAAGAUGGCCAUCGUUACUAUAUUAAUCACAUGACAGAGACGACGUCAUGGGUGCAUCCUGUCUCUGGUAUUCAACAUUAAUAGUUUGUUUCAACUUGAUAAAACUAUAAUUUUAAUUGUUUUUUUGUUUAUUUUAUCAAAGAUGAUUUUUUAGAUUCGUUUAAUUUUGAAUUUGGGCUUUUAAUUACUCUUAAAAUAUUGUGGUU